UUGCUGGAAUGUCGACAUGGGAAGUUUGCCAAAGCGCUACUAGAGUCACUGAAAAUCCUGGAACGCAAGCCAGACGACAAGGGCAGCAUCAAUUUGAGCUUCAAUGUCGAUUCUCACUUCAAGACAGCAAUCACAUCUGUCCGCGUACUUUCCAAGUGGCGCCAUCUGAGCCAGGAUGGGGGAAGUGCUCUCGACAUCACCGAGGUUGAACAACUAGAAAUCAACUACGCCCCUCCCGGAAUGCCAACUUCCACAGGAGAAGCGCACUCGUGGGAGCCUCAGACUCAUGGAAGAGUAGGCAAGGGGGGAAAACAACGUUGGUACGAAGCAUCUGUCUCGUCGCUCGACCUUGAAAAGCUCCUGGCGAAGAAUAAGUCAUUGAAGACAGGAGAAAGAGCAGAAUGGUCUCCAUCAGACCUAAGGCAAAAUGGUAUCUUGGAAAGCCUCUGUUGCCCUGCUCUCCAGAUGUUGAAGUAUAUGGAUCAAAUUGGGGGAAUGGAGAACAACCACCAAGAAGGGAAGCCUGGAACUGCUGUAAAGAGGGCCAACGAGCGCCCGAGGAUUGCGCUAGGCUAUGAAGUUACCAACGAACCCGAAGCUUCCGGACAGGGACAAUGGACGCAGCAAGGCAAAGCAGGUAGAGGAUGGUAAGAUGUGCCAAACGUCAAGCUUGGCAUUGACAUUGAGCUCCAACACCAACAUCACAAGCGGAGGCGAGAUUUGGUUUACCAAGAAACCAGGAGUGGGAGCACGAGGAAGUGGUGCUUUGAGGAACGUGCAGGUUACAGAAAGUUAUUAGGUGCGAGGGUGUGGAAGAAUUUGGAGACAGAUUGGCCUUUAUGCUUACCUCUAAGCUUCACAAGCCAUACUCUGGGUCUCAUGUAAAGAUACUCACUGCAUCAUCUUGCAACAAUUGAUAACAAUUCUGAUUCAACAGAGA